AUGUAUUCCAAGCUUAUUAUCACUGCGCUCAUCGGUCUCACUGCCGCCCAAGUCCAAACCGCUGCUACUGAGAAGGGUUCAACCGCCGGAGAUGAUAUUCCAAAUUCUGAGGAGUGGGCCGAGAUUGCUGCUACACAUAAAGGCUCAACUGGUGGUAGUGACCCCAUUUCUUCGAACGACAUACCCUCUGACUCUAAGACCACCAGCUCAGCCGGCAAUGUCGCUGAUGCAGCUGCUGCAUCCGCUGCCUCCGCUGCCUCCGUAGCUGGUGAUGCUGCUGCAUCUGCUGGCUCUGCCGCUGCUAGUGGCGCUGCCUCUGUUGCUAGUGGUGCCAACAGUGCUGGAUCAGCUGCCAGCUCCAAGGCUGCUAGUGCGUCGAGCUCUGCAUCAAGCUCUGCAUCAAGCUCUGACUCCUCUAAAAAUGGAGCCGUGGGGGCCUCUGUUGCUGGCGGCGCUAUUCUUGCCGCCGUCGCCGCUCUUAUCUAG